CAUUUGCCUGCACCUGCAGGCAGAGGUACUUGUACAUUUUUUAAAUCCUUCCAUGCGUCGAGCGAUUAGCUAUGAUAAACUCGAAACCAAGAGCUUUUGUUUUUAACCAAGUGGUGCGCGAUCAUCGUGGAUAAUAUAUUUUCUUAACAAUCGUGAAAGAGAAAAAAAAUCGGCGAGCAACGAUGUUCAUCUUCCUCAGCAAGAAGAUCGCGAUACCGAACAACGUCCACCUAAAUUGCAUAGCAUGGAAUCAGAAGCAGGGCUACAUCGCGGUCGGUGGCGAGGACGGUAUGUUGAAGGUCGUGAGGGCCGAGUCGAGCGCUCAGACAUCCGACGCCUCGUCGCAGAGCAACCGAGCAGGUGUCAAGACGGCAGUGACCAACAGCAGCAACCUCAGCAUGAACCAGACCCUCGAGGGACACAACGGACAGGUGCAGGUGGUCACGUGGAACGAGGAGCACCAGAAGCUUACCUCGAGUGACCAGAAUGGGGUGAUAAUAGUCUGGAUGCUGUACAAGGGCUCCUGGUACGAGGAGAUGAUCAACAACAGGAACAAGUCGGUCGUGCGGGGCAUGGCCUGGAGCCCCGACGGCCAAAAGAUAUGCAUAGCCUACGAGGAUGGGGCUGUGAUCGUUGGCUCGGUCGAGGGCCACAGGCUCUGGGGCAAGGAGCUCAAAAAUGUCUACUGGACGGCCGUACAGUGGUCCCCGGAUGCCAAGUACCUGCUCUUCGGCUCUAGGAACGGCGAGGCCCACCUGUACGACGACCAAGGCAUCUUCCUCACGAAACUCGAGAACCUUGCUGACUCUCUGCCCCAGACCAUCAUCGCGAUCCAUUGGUACGACGGUAAGCAGGGCCACACGGCGGUCGAUUGUCCGGUGCUGGCCGUAUGCUUCCAGAACGGCAGGCUGUGCCUGUUACGGGACGUCGGCGAUGAUUUACCCAUCGUCGUCGAGACGGGCCUGUCCGUGGCUUCGUGCAACUGGAACACCUAUGGCUCGGUGUUAGCUGUCGCUGGAGUUGCCACGGGGGAUGAUCGGAGGUUGACCAACGUCGUGCAAUUCUACUCGGCAUUCGGAGAACAUCUAAAGACACUCAAGGUCCCGGGCAAGAGGGUUAGCGGCUGCAGCUGGGAGGGUGGCUCCCUCCGCGUCUGUCUCUCGGUGGACUCCAAUAUAUUCUUCGCCAACAUCCGGCCGAGCUACAAGUGGGCCUACUUCAGCAACACGGUCGUUUUCACGGACGAGCGGGUCAGCAAGGACGGGAUUUGCAUUACCUUUUGGGACACGAAAAGCAACGCCCGGUACUUUAAGUACGUGAGGUCAUUGGUGGCCGUGGCAGCCCACGGCGAGCACUGCGUCCUCUUGACGGGGUACGGGCCCGUUAAGAGCAGAGAGGAGGGUUACAUGUUGCUCGUCUGCAACGCCAUAUCGACGCCCGUGGAUACCAAGUACCUGCAGGAUAUAGAGCCGGCUUGGGUUGCCAUAAACAGUGGCACGGUCGUCGUGGCAUCCCGUACUGGCUUUCUGCUUUGGAACUUCAGGGUACCCAAGAACUCGGCCCUCAACGCCGCUGCGGGGGCCAAGCUGCGCAAGGACAGGACGUAUCACGUGGACGACACGCCGACAGGCGUGAACGAGGUCAUCCGUCAGGACCUGGAGUCACUCGCAGACAGCCCAGCCGCUCAGGGUUACAGUAACAAGGACACCAGCGACCCGAUAUGUGGCCUCGCCAUUACGGACCAGGUGCUGCUGGUGGCCCGGAACUCGGGCAUGGUACAGCAGUACUCUCUGCCCCAGGUCACGCUGGCUAGGCGCCACGCGACCGGGCACGCCAAGCCCUCCAAGCUCUUCAUCAACUGCGACUCUACGCGGGUGGCGAUGAUUGACGGCCAAGACGUUUUGAGACUGCUUGACUUGACCAACACUGGUAGCGGCAUCAGGAGAAGGGAUGACGAAGAGGAAAGGUUAUCGAAAUUUGAGAGAAAAGACGCGUGGGCGGUCUGUUGGGCACAGGACAAUCCAAGGCUCGUAGCGAUCCUCGAGAAGAGUCGGAUGUACGUGUUUCGCGCCUUCGAGCCCGAGGAGCCGAUCACCAGUUCGGGCUAUGUCUGCUGCUUCAAGGACUUGGAGAUUCGCUGUGUCCUGCUGGACGAGCUCGUACGCAAUCCCGAGGGCGCUCGAGCCGAGCUGUUGGUCGAGUCGGAGGUGAAAUCGUUGCGCGACACGCGUGAGCUCCUCGCCAAGGUUGGCUUCCAGGAGGCUGAGGAGUUUGUCAAAGACAACCCACAUCCGCGGCUGUGGCGGCUACUUGCCGACCACGCGCUCCGCCAGUUGGAUUUGGACAAGGCUGAGAUUGCCCUGGUGCAUUGCACCGACUACCUUGGCAUCCAGUUCGUGAAAAAGCUGCGCGGCAUUCACGACGCCGGUCUACGCCGGGCAGAAGUGCUGGCCUUCCUGGGCUCUUACGACGAGGCCGAGCAAGCCUACCUGGAGCUCGACCGUCGCGACCUCGCCGUCUCCCUGCGGCUCAAACUCGCCGACUACUCGAGGGCCAUCCAGCUGAUGCGGCUUGGAGCUUCUGGUGGCUCGGACGUCCAACUGGAGCAGGCGCACGCUCGCUGGGGUGAGCAGCUCGCCGCGAAGCAACAGUGGCGCGAGGCCCGGGAGCACCUAGAGAAGGGCCGGUCCAUUGAAAAACUCCUCGAGUGCCACUACAUGCUCGAGGAUUACGACCAGCUGGCAAACGCCGCGGCCCAGCUGCCUGACCAGGCACCCGAGCUCAAAAAGGCCGCUAGAUUGCUCGCGGCCGCGGGACUCGUACAACAGGCCGUCGCGAGCUACGUGCGCUGUGGGGACGCGCGACAGGCAGUUGAGAUCUGUGUGCGUUUGAAUCGCUGGGGCCAGGCGCUCGAGCUCGCACGUACCUGGAAGCUGCCGGGUAUCGGCGAGCUGCUCGGCAAGUACGCAAGGCACCUGCUCUCCAGCGGCAGGCGCUUACAAGCGGUCGAACUGUACCGCAAGGCCGACUGUCCCCUCGAAGCUGCCAAACUGAUGCUGGAGCUCGCGUCCGAGCAGGCCGGCCGCAAGGCACCACCCCUCAGACUUAAGAAGCUCUACGUGCUGGCAGCUCUUCUCGUUCAAGAGCACCUUGAGGCAUCCCAGCCCAAGACGAGUGUCCGCAGUGGCCUUCUACUAGGUCUGGCCGAAGCCACGGGUGAAGACGCCAGGAUCGUCCAGGAGGCCUGGCGCGGUGCCGAGGCUUACCAUUUUCUCCUCCUAGCGCACCGGCAGCUCUACAACGGUGAACCCGGAGCUGCCCUGCGCACGUCGCUGAGGCUCCGGGAGUACGAGGAUCUACUCGAGCCGGAGCCGAUCUACUCCCUCCUGGCUCUGGCCGCGCUGCGCACUGGCUCACUGGCCACUUGUUCGCGGGCAAUGGCCAAGCUCGAGGCCAUUGAUCCGCGCUACGAGGAGGUAUCGCUGGAGAUUUUUGGCAAACGGUCGCCGCGGGAUCUCAGGCCGCCUUCCAAGUCCGAGUGCCUCCACUGCGAGACCCUCAUCCCGGACUACUGCGUAGUCUGUCCGAAUUGCGACAGCUCCUUCCCCGCCUGCAUCGUCUCGGGAAGGCCGCUCAUGGACCAAGCUGCCGCGUGGCUCUGCGUCGUGUGCAAGCACAGGGCCACCAGCGAACGCGACGUCGUCAACAUCAACGGCUGCCCGCUCUGCCACAGUAUCAUCACUUACAUGUGAAGAGCUUUAUUAUCGACUAUACUUUACUCGUUCUCAGUUCCUUUUCUUUUUAUGCGCACGGUUUUAUUGUCCAGUCGACGUUUUCUUUUUUCACUCUCUGUUCUGCAGUUUAUUUGUCCUCGUUUCGAUGCACCGUUUUCGAUCUUUUUUUUUUUGUAUACUCUCUGUACACAUCACGUUGGUGAUGUUGACUGGUGGUGAUCUCAAUGUACACUUACGCACGUAGAUGUUAGAAUUUAUUGAAAUGAGGAGCCUUUCCGUGAUGGAAACAAAUGUAAUAUUCGAGGGAAAUAUGACUACACAGGCAACGAUUCCGUCCAAUUAAUGCCUCAGAUCUCACUCAAAGAAUUAUUUAUUUAUACAAACUAUUGAACAUAGUAUAUUUACACAUUGUUUGUAACUAUUAUUAAGG